UCCAUUUCUUCUUGUUCACCACGCUCCCAGCUCCCAGUCUGCCACUGUCUAUUCGCCAUCCUCAGACUCAAUCCUGCCAUCGCCGGAGCUCGACCUACAUAGAGACAGCCUUCCUGCUGCCGAGUAAGCCCCUCCCUCACCGUGCCUUACUCUCCCUCCCAUCGACCGAUCUGACCGUAGUCGCCACCUCCCUUCCUCCUUAUUUCACCCGUGAAAGAAAAGAGUCGCCCGUCGACCAUAGGAUGGGCCUGUCAACGGUGGAAUCACACAAGCAAGAGAACGAAACACCAGAGGUUCAGGAAGAGUAUACGCCAUACCAGCCCGAGAAGGGCUAUGGAUGGGGCGAGGCUUUGCCUGAGAAGCAAGGUCUUUACGACCCUAGCCUCGAGAAAGAUGCCUGUGGUGUAGGCUUUGCUGCGCAUAUCAAGGGCAAGCCAAGCCACAAAAUUGUUAGCGAUGCGCGCAAUCUACUUUGUAACAUGACCCAUCGGGGUGCGGUCGGCUCAGAUGCACGAGAUGGCGAUGGUGCGGGUGUCAUGAGCUCGAUUCCUCAUAAAUUUUUCGUCAAGAAUUUCGCUCGCGAGGUCGGCGUAGAGCUGCCUCCCCUUGGUCAAUAUGCCGCUGGAAACUUGUUCUUCAAGCCGGAUACUGAGAUGCUGAAACAUGCCACCCUCAGCUUCGAGGAAGCCGCUCAAUCCCUGGGCCUACGCACCCUCGGCUGGCGAGAAGUCCCACGCGACUCUACCCUCCUUGGUCCCGCUGCCCUCUCACGAGAACCUAUAAUCCUGCAACCUUUUGUCGUCCUUGCCUCUGCCUAUGGAACCGGCAAUAAGCCCGACAUCACAGACCCCGAACAAUUCGACGAUGUCGAAUUCGAGCGCAAGCUGUACAUCCUGAGAAAGACCGUCUCGCAUGAUCCCCGGUGGAAGCCGUGGUUCUAUGUGUGCUCCCUGAGCAACAGAAACAUUGUGUACAAGGGUCAGCUGGCUCCUGUGCAAGUCUACCAGUACUAUCAUGAUCUCGUAUCCGUAGAUUAUGAGGCUCACUUCGCCCUCGUCCACUCGCGGUUUUCCACCAACACUUUCCCCUCCUGGGAUCGGUCACAGCCCCUCCGGUGGCUUGCCCAUAACGGAGAAAUCAACACGCUACGCGGUAACAAGAACUGGAUGAGAGCCCGUGAGGGUGUCUUGAAAUCCGACCUCUUCGGUGAAGAUCUUGAGAAGCUGUUCCCCAUCGUUGAGGAUGGUGGCUCCGACUCUGCUGCUUUCGACAACGUGCUUGAGCUGCUUGUCAUGAACCGUGUUCUUUCUCUUCCCGAAGCAGUUAUGAUGAUGGUGCCAGAGGCAUGGCAGGGUAACACAGCCAUGGAUGCUGGAAAGGCUGCCUUCUACGAAUACGCAGCCAACCUCAUGGAGCCUUGGGAUGGCCCAGCUCUCUUCACCUUCUCUGACGGCCGGUACUGUGGUGCCAAUCUCGACAGAAACGGUUUGAGACCCUGCCGGUACUAUGUCACUGACGAUGAUCGCAUCAUCUGUGCCUCAGAGGUCGGCACAAUUGCAAUUGAACCCGAGAGAGUCAUCAUCAAGGGUCGUCUGCAGCCCGGUAAGAUGCUUCUAGUGGAUACGGAAGCUGGACGCAUCAUCGAUGAUGCCGAGCUCAAAGCCACCGUCGCCAACCGUCAACCUUUCCAGCAGUGGCUCGACAAGAGCCUCAUGAAGAUGCCGCAGAUCUACGAGGCACUGGCCAAGGAGUCUGAUUUGAGCUCUAAACUCACCGAGUCUUCCGUCCAAGAGGAUGCUAGGCUCAAGGCCUUCGGCUACUCCUUCGAACAGGUUAGCCUGCUGCUUGCCCCCAUGGCUGCUGAUUCUAAAGAAGCUCUGGGUUCUAUGGGUAAUGAUGCACCUCUUGCGUGUCUGGCACAGCAACCACGACUACUCUAUGAGUAUUUCAGACAACUUUUUGCUCAGGUCACAAACCCUCCCAUUGAUCCCAUCAGAGAAGCCAUUGUCAUGUCGCUAGAGUGCUAUGUCGGCCCUCAAGGCAAUCUCCUAGAGAUGGACGAGUCUCAGUGCGGCAGACUACUACUUCCGUCACCAAUCCUGGAAACCGAGACCUUUAACGCUCUCAAGAACAUCAACAGUUAUAACAAGGACUGGUCUGUUCGUGCAAUCGACAUCACUUUCGAGAAGUCUUCUGGUGUCGACGGCUUCAUGAGCGCCCUUGACAGCAUCUGCGAUGCCGCAACCACAGCCAUCGAAGAAGGGGACAAGAUCAUCAUCUUGUCUGAUCGAGCCACAAGCGCAGAACGAGUGUCCGUCCCUACCCUUCUUGCCACCGGCUUGGUUCACCAUCACUUGGUGCGCAACAAGUGGCGAUCUCGAGCUGCUAUUAUUCUCGAGACUGCCGAGGCCAGGGAAGUACACCACAUGUGUGUUCUCCUCGGUUAUGGUGCCGAUGGUAUCAACCCAUACCUCGCCAUUGAGUGCAUCCUCAAGCUCAACCGCGAGGGAAUCAUCAAGAAGAAGCUUACCGACGAACAACUGAUUGCAAACUACAAAGCUUCUUGCGAUGGCGGUAUUCUCAAGGUGAUGAGUAAGAUGGGUAUUUCCACUCUUCAGUCCUACAAGGGUGCGCAAAUUUUCGAAGCUUUGGGUAUCGAUGACACGGUGGUCGAUCGGUGCUUUGCUGGCACCGCCACCCGCGUCCGUGGUAUGACUUUCGAAUUGAUUGCCGAGGACUCGUUUGCUUUCCAUGAGCAAGGGUACCCUUCACGGCAUGUUCGGGACAUCCCAGGUCUCCCUGAAACUGGUGAAUAUCACUGGCGUGACGGCGGUGAAAACCACAUCAACGACCCUGUCAGUAUCGCCAACAUCCAGGAUGCUGUGAGGACUCACAACGACAAAUCCUACGAGGCUUAUUCGCUCUCUGAGUAUGAGCAGAUCAAGAACUGCACCCUUCGAGGCAUGCUGGACUUCGACUUCGAUCAGCGCCAGCCAGUCCCCAUUGACCAGGUUGAGCCAUGGACAGAGAUCGUGCGACGAUUCGUAACAGGUGCCAUGUCAUAUGGCUCUAUCUCCAUGGAGGCACAUUCUACGCUGGCUGUCGCCAUGAACCGCCUCGGCGGCAAGUCCAACACCGGUGAAGGUGGUGAAGACCCCGAGCGCAGUCUCAAGAUGGAAAACGGAGAUUCCAUGCGGUCGGCUAUUAAGCAGAUUGCCUCGGGUCGUUUUGGUGUCACCUCGAACUACCUUGCAGACUCAGACGAACUUCAGAUCAAAAUGGCUCAAGGUGCGAAGCCUGGUGAAGGUGGUGAACUUCCCGGACACAAGGUUUCCGAACCUAUCGCUCGCACAAGACAUUCGACUCCUGGCGUCGGUCUUAUCUCGCCUCCACCUCAUCACGAUAUUUACUCGAUUGAGGACUUGAAGCAGUUGAUUUAUGAUUUAAAGUGCUCAAACCCUCGUUCCAGAGUGUCUGUCAAGCUGGUGUCUGAGGUUGGUGUCGGUAUUGUCGCAGCUGGUGUCGCGAAGGCCAAGGCCGAUCAUAUUUUGAUCUCUGGUCACGAUGGUGGUACUGGUGCUUCUAGAUGGACUGGUAUCAAGUAUGCCGGACUUCCAUGGGAGCUGGGUUUGGCCGAAACUCACCAGACUUUGGUUCUCAACGAUCUUCGAGGUCGAGUCAUCGUCCAGACUGAUGGGCAGAUUCGAACCGGACGUGACGUUGCCAUUGCCUGUCUGCUCGGUGCCGAAGAAUGGGGUUUUGCAACCACACCACUCAUUGCGAUGGGCUGCAUUAUGAUGCGCAAGUGUCACUUAAACACCUGCCCUGUAGGUAUUGCCACUCAGGAUCCUUUGCUUAGGAAGAAGUUCCAAGGUACCCCAGAGCACGUCAUCAACUUCUUCUACUAUAUCGCCAACGAGCUCCGUGCGAUCAUGGCUCAACUUGGUUUAAGAACUGUUAAUGAAAUGGUUGGCCGUGCCGAACUCUUGAAGGUCCGCGAGGAUCUUCGCUCGCGAAAGACUGAGAAUCUUGACCUCUCACUCAUUCUUACACCAGCUCACUCAAUCCGCCCAGGUGUUGCCACCUACAACGUCCGCAAGCAGGAUCACAAGUUGCACACUCGUCUUGACAACAAACUAAUCUCAGAGUCAGAACUUGCGCUCGAGAAGGGUCUGCCUUGCCGGAUUGAAACUGACAUUGUCAACACCGACCGCACACUGGGCGCGACCUUGUCAUACCAGAUCAGCAAGCGAUAUGGUGAGGCCGGCCUGCCCCAAGAUACCAUCCACGUCAAUAUAAGAGGCUCAGCUGGUCAAUCUUUCGGCGCUUAUCUUGCUCCCGGUGUCACCCUGGAACUAGAGGGUGAUUCCAACGACUAUGUUGGUAAGGGUCUUUCUGGUGGUCGUCUGAUUGUCUACCCACCGCGCAGCGCUGUCUACAAGGCCGAAGAAAAUAUCCUCAUUGGCAAUGUCUGUCUCUAUGGCGCCACCAGCGGUACAUGCUACUUUAGGGGUGUCGCUGCUGAACGCUUCGCCGUCCGAAACUCUGGCGCCAACGCUGUUGUUGAAGGUGUUGGUGACCACGGAUGUGAAUACAUGACUGGUGGCCGUAUCGUUGUUCUAGGAAGUACCGGGCGCAACUUCGCUGCCGGUAUGUCUGGCGGUAUUGCAUAUGUUCUUGACAUGAACCAGGAUUUCCAUUCCAAAAUCAAUAUGGAAAUGGUCGAAGUCUCUGGCGUGGACGACCCAUCUGAGAUCGCUUUCCUUCGAGGCAUGAUUGAGGAUCAUCAUCACUACACCGGCUCCGAACUCGCAGCCCGCAUUCUCUUGGAGUUCAACCGUGCUCUUCCACGUUUUGUCAAGGUGCUUCCCACGGACUACAAGAGAGUGUUGUUGGAGCAAGCAAAGAAGGCGGAAGAGGCCAAGAAAGCCGAAUAUCCUUUACCCUUGCUACCUGGCAAUCCUGUGCGUAACCUGCACCAAGAACAACGCAACGCAGCGCAAGACAAGGAAUCUAAGCAGAAGAAGGUUGACAUGCUCGAUAUCGAGGAAGGUAUCAACGGCGACGCGGACAAGGCCAAACAGAAGGCGGCACUGGUGCUUGACAAGACUCGUGGUUUCAUGAAGUACACUCGUCGCAGUGAGAAGUACCGCAACGCUAAGACCAGAGUCAAAGAUUGGGCUGAGUUGUCAUCUCGUCUCAAUGAGGAUGAGCUGAAAUACCAGUCUGCGAGAUGCAUGGACUGUGGUGUUCCCUUCUGUCAAUCCGAAACUGGAUGCCCGAUCUCCAACAUCAUUCCCAAAUGGAAUGAGUUAGUAUUUCAGAACCAGUGGAAGGAUGCCCUCAACCGUCUUCUGAUGACAAACAAUUUCCCUGAGUUCACUGGCCGUGUAUGCCCCGCUCCAUGCGAGGGGGCUUGUGUGCUUGGUAUCAACGAGGACCCCGUGGGCAUCAAGAGCAUUGAAUGCGCCAUCAUUGACAAGGGUUUUGAAAUGGGCUGGAUGGUACCAAAUCCACCUACUGAACGCACCGGCAAGAAGGUGGCUAUCAUUGGAUCUGGCCCUGCUGGCCUGGCUGCUGCCGACCAACUCAACCGUGUUGGCCACAGCGUGACUGUGUAUGAGAAAUCGGAUCGUUGUGGCGGUUUGCUCAUGUACGGUAUUCCCAACAUGAAGCUCGAUAAGCGCAUUGUCCAACGACGAGUCGACCUCAUGGCUGCCGAAGGUGUCAGCUUCGUCACAGGUGUUAUGGUUGGACCUGGUGAGAAGUUCUCUCUGGAAUCUCUGCGCCAGAGCAACGACGCAGUUAUCAUCUCCACUGGCGCCCAGGUUCCUCGAGACCUCAAGAUCAAGAACCGAGAAGCCGAAGGUGUCCACUUCGCCAUGGAAUUCCUCCAUGCAAACACGAAGUCGCUCCUUGACUCAGAAUUGGGUGAUGGCAAGUACAUUACGGCCAAGGACAAGCAUGUCAUCGUCAUUGGCGGUGGUGACACUGGUAACGAUUGUAUUGGUACCUCCCUUCGACACGGUGCUAAGUCUAUCACAAACUUUGAACUUCUGCCACAGCCUCCACCGGAGCGUGCUCGCGACAACCCAUGGCCUCAGUGGCCAAGAAUCUACCGUGUAGACUAUGGCCACACUGAAGUCAAGCAACAUUAUGGCAAAGAUCCUCGCGAGUACUGUGUUAUGACCAAAGACUUCGUCAUGGAAGAUGGCCGCGUUGUCGGUAUCAAUACCAACCGUGUUGAGUGGACCAAGUCAGCAACAGGUGCCUGGGAGAUGAAGCCCAAGGAGGGAAGUGAGCAAUAUUUUCCUGCCGACCUUGUCUUGCUGUCAAUGGGCUUCCUCGGCCCAGAUGAUCGCCUUUUCGAGUCCGAGAUUGAGCUUGAUCCACGCAAGAACAUCAAGACCCCCAAGAACAUGUACAACACCAACCUUCCGGGAGUCUUUGCGGCUGGUGAUUGCCGUCGUGGCCAAUCUCUCAUUGUUUGGGGUAUCAACGAAGGUCGACAGUGCGCCCGACAAGUGGACAGCUUUUUGAUGCAUACUGGUUCCGUCCUUCCCGUCACUGGCGGUAUCGUCAGACGCGCUCAAUAUGACUCUGUGCCACUACCCCGUGAGCCCAAGACCCACAAGGAUGGUGACAUGGCUCAUGCCACGGAAGAGAUGAAGCGUGCACCAGAGAUCAAGGCUUAAGCCUAAACCAGUCCGAGCACACAAAAUAGCACGAGAAUAUGAGCAUGAAUGCAGCAUGAAAUUGGAUCCGGGGUGGUUCUUUCGACAUUUCAAAACAAAAAAAAGCUAGUCGCCGGAUGACAAGCGAGGAGGAAGUCACUUUACUUUCAAAUUUUCUCUUAGUGACGAAGCGUUUCAAGAAUGAAAACGGGAGGCGAUGCUCGCUAGACGUUAUGGAUUCACGGCCAUCAGGUUUUUGGAUGACGAACGGGGCGUGUGUUUCAUUUCUUACAAUCGUUCCCGAGCGACGGAGUUUCAGUCUUUAUGAAAUUUCACCGGUCUUUUUCGUAUUGAUAUUUCUUUUUUUUUGAAGAAAUGACCUGAUUGGGGAUAUAAAAUUGAUUUUCGACGCUGCAGACUGCCAAUUGGACAUGUACCAUUAACGAACUGGGUAGAUAGCAGGUAAAAAUUC